UCAGGAGGAAUAUUCGAGUCCAUUGAGUCGGGGCCGUCAGGUGCUGAGGAACUAGCCUUUAAAUUUGCUUUAAAUACAAUCAACAGGAACAGAACCCUACUGCCAAACACAACGCUAACAUACGACAUCCAACGGAUAAACAUCUACGACAGCUUCGAAGCCUCCAGAAAAGCCUGCGACCAACUAUCUCUGGGGGUGGCGGCCAUCUUCGGGCCCUCCCACAGCUCGUCGGCCAAUGCGGUCCAGUCCAUCUGUAACGCGCUUGGCGUGCCCCACAUCCAGACCAAAUGGAAGCACCAGGUGUCUGACAACAGGGACUCCUUCUACGUCAGCCUCUACCCAGACUUCUCCUCUCUCAGCCGAGCCAUUCUGGACCUGGUUCACUUCUUCAAGUGGAAGACGGUCACCGUUGUCUAUGAUGACAGCACAGGUCUUAUUCGGUUACAGGAGCUCAUAAAGGCUCCAUCUCGCUACAACAUCCGCUUGAAGAUCCGCCAGUUGCCAGCGGACACCAAGGACUCCAAGCCUCUCCUCAAGGAGAUGAAGAGAGGGAAGGAGUUCCACGUCAUUUUCGACUGUGGACACGAAAUGGCUGCCGGCAUCCUAAAACAGGCUCUUGCUAUGGGGAUGAUGACAGAGUACUAUCACUACAUCUUCACCACACUGGACCUGUUUGCGCUGGACGUGGAGGCCUACCGUUACAGUGGGGUGAACAUGACUGGCUUUAGGAUCCUGAAUACGGAGAACAGCCAAGUGGCCUCCAUCAUAGAGAAGUGGUCCAUGGAACGCCUGCAGGCCCCGCCCAAACCUGACUCUGGCCUACUGGACGGCUUCAUGACGACGGACGCUGCGCUCAUGUACGAUGCCGUGCACGUGGUGGCCGUGGCCGUGCAGCAGUCUCAGCAGAUCACUGUCAGCUCCCUACAGUGCAACAGACACAAACCCUGGCGCUUUGGGAACAGAUUCAUGGCCCUCAUCAAAGAGGCCCACUGGGAUGGCUUGACUGGGCGGAUCACUUUCAACAGAACCAACGGCUUGAGGACAGACUUUGACCUGGAUGUGAUUAGUCUGAAGGAGGAUGGACUGGAGAAGAUUGGAACAUGGGACCCUCCUAGUGGCUUGAACAUGACAGACCACCAGAAGGGGAAGACAUCCAAUGUCACAGACUCCUUAGCCAACAGAUCUCUAGUUGUCUCCACCAUACUGGUGGAGCCCUAUGUGAUGUUCAAGAAGUCAGACAAGCCCCUUUACGGUAACGACCGCUUUGAGGGUUACUGCAUCGACCUGCUGAGGGAGCUAGCUAGCAUCCUGGGGUUCACCUACGAGUUGCGUCUGGUGGAGGACGGCCGCUACGGGGCCCAGGACGAGACCACGGGCCAGUGGAACGGCAUGGUCAAGGAGCUGAUCGACCACAAAGCUGAUCUGGCAGUGGCUCCUCUGGCCAUCACCUACGUGAGGGAGAAGGUCAUCGACUUCUCCAAGCCCUUCAUGACACUGGGGAUAAGUAUCCUCUACCGCAAGCCCAACGGAACCAACCCUGGGGUCUUCUCCUUUCUCAACCCCCUCUCACCCGAUAUCUGGAUGUAUAUUCUGCUGGCUUACUUGGGUGUCAGUUGUGUGCUGUUUGUCAUAGCCAGGUUUAGUCCCUACGAGUGGUAUAACCCCCACCCCUGCAACCCCGACUCAGAUGUAGUGGAAAACAAUUUCACCCUGCUAAAUAGUUUCUGGUUCGGAGUUGGAGCUCUCAUGCAGCAAGGCUCUGAGUUAAUGCCCAAAGCCCUGUCCACCAGGAUCGUAGGAGGCAUCUGGUGGUUCUUCACCCUGAUAAUCAUCUCCUCCUACACGGCCAACCUGGCUGCCUUCCUCACUGUGGAGAGGAUGGAGUCGCCCAUCGACUCAGCUGACGACCUGGCCAAACAGACAAGGAUAGAGUAUGGAGUAGUGGAGGAGGGAUCCACCAUGACCUUCUUCAAGAAAACCAAGAUCUCCACUUACGACAAGAUGUGGGAGUUUAUGAGCAGUCGGAGGCACUCUGUGAUGGUGAAAGAUAUUGACGAAGGGAUCCAUCGAGUUCUCACCUCGGACUACGCCUUCCUCAUGGAGUCCACCACCAUCGAGUUUGUCACCCAGCGCAACUGCAACCUUACCCAGAUCGGGGGUCUCAUCGACUCCAAAGCCUACGGCGUAGGAACCCCCAUGGGUUCUCCGUACAGGGACAAGAUCACCAUAGCGAUCCUGCAGCUGCAGGAAGAAGGAAAGCUGCACAUGAUGAAGGAGAAGUGGUGGAGGGGGAACGGUUGUCCGGAGGAUGAGAAGAAUAAGGAGGCCAGCGCUCUGGGGGUCCAGAACAUCGGGGGCAUCUUUAUCGUCCUGGCGGCUGGACUCGUCCUGUCGGUGUUCGUGGCAGUCGGAGAGUUCAUCUAUAAAUCCAAACAAAACGCACAGCUGGAAAAGAGGUCCUUCUGCAGUGCCAUGGUGGACGAGUUGCGGGUGUCCCUCAAGUGCCAGCGGCGCCUCAAACACAAGCCUCAGCCGCCCGUCAUGGUGAAGACAGAGGACGUCAUCAACAUGCACACCUUCAACGACCGCAGACUGCCAGGCAAAGAGACCAUGGCCUAGAACAGGACUCCCUCUCUCUCUAUCCCUCUAACUCUUUCUAUCUCUCUCUCUAUCUCUCUCUCUGCUGUCACAGGGAGGAGUGUAGGGUGAAGAGACAUUGCGGGAGGGAGGAAGGGUGAUAGUUGAUUUAUGUGAGUGUAUUUGGAGGGGGGGGGUUAAGAGAGAUGGGAGAGGAGAUUGGGAGAGGAGAUGAGAAGAAAGGAGAAGAGAAGAGAAGUGGAGAAGAGAGGAACUGAGCUGCUCUGAUCACUGACUGGACUGACUGUCUGGCAUCGUUGUUUUGAAACACUAAGCAAGAAAUGAAAAGAGAUUCAACAAUGUUUCCUGUGGAAAUAACUUGAACUAACCUGGGAGCAAUUCAAUGUGAGUUACCUCAUUAAUCUACCUGGCAAUGCACCUGAGCAAGGUGUGACCAAGUGGUGCCAUGAUUUAGUAUAAAAAAAGAGAGAGAUAAACCCAGGAUUCAGAGGAAAGGAGGGAGGGCAGGUUAAAUUGAAAGUAUAGAAUGUCAUACAUAUGAUACAUGUUUGGUUGUACAUGUUUGGUUGUACGUUAAAUAUUGAUUCAAUUUGGACAUGUGAUCUGUAUCUGCUACCCAACCACUCUCUCUCUCUCACUGAGUAGACCACAUGCAGAGAGCUUGGUUAGGUAGAAUCAGGAGAGCGUACAUCCCUCAGUCAUAGUUAUGGAGCAAACACAUACACAGACACUAAUAGAAGAAACUGAGAGAAAAUAAUUUGGCGAGUGUGUAAAGGACGCAUCUCGUUUUUAUUCAACCAUAGAAGAAGAAGGAGAACAGAUGGGCUAGAAACAGCCAGUUCCAAAUGAAACCCAAAGCCCAAAACGCAUUGGUGAGCAGGACAGAACUGCUCCCAACAUGUACAGAGGCAUCGUUAUUCAUAUGAUUCACUGUUGGAAAGAAUACAGUACAUUAUCCAUCAGGCAAUAGGGGAUUUCAUUUACUUUAUUUCAGAGUACUAACAUUUUGUUAAAUGAUGGGGAAUGGAAAACAUUUUUUGAAUGAAAAAAUAUAUACAUAUAUAAAUACAAGAGAGACAGAUUACCGGGUGUGAGGCAGUGAUGUAAUAGAGGAAUUAGGUGAUAGGAACUGGAAGUGACAUGAAGAGUUGCGGACAUGAUGAAAGUAGUAACCUUGGAAACCUUAGUAGUUUGAAUUGAAGGAAAGCAGGACAGCAGGAGUGGAUCUGAAACAACAUUCACAGCAAUCACACAACAUGAGGAAUUUAUUUAUUCAAGUAUUUAUUAUUUUAUUUAUAUUUUCAUUGACUGAAUUUUCACAGCAGCUGCAAGGAUACAGUACACACCUCAUUUUCAGAUUUGAUGGGUACACAUUUUUUGGUUUCCUUUUUUGUUCAAUGUCAAGUCUCAAGUUUCUUUUUGUACUCUAGUGGCUUUUAUUUUAGUAACAAAAUCCUCACAUUUACUUGUGCAAAUACAAUUUCUAUGAAAAAGUGUUUUUGUACGAAGAAAAUCAAAAAUUUUGUAAUAAUUUUUAUCAACACAAAAUGCACCACGGAUGUCACCACGGCAGACAGCGAGCCUCUCUCUCCACUGUGGGCCGUGUGGGCAUCCCAAGGGAUAGCAGCCCCAUCUAGGAUAGCCCCGUCAGGCCUAACACAAUCCCCUCCAGGGGGUCACGAGAACAACCCCCCCAUGGACCGGCAUCACACCGAUGGGGUCUCCAGAGCAUUCUGGUUGAGCUUCAGUGGCAUAAUACAUGUUUUGGAAAAACUAUUUUUAUCAUGUAAAGGAAUCAUAUUUAAAAGAAAGAUAUUUUUACUUCAGGUGAAAGAAGAGUAAUGAUUAAACAAUAAUUAGAAGAAUACAUAUAUAUACACACAAAGAAGCUGAAGUGAAGAGGACUGCCAAUGAUGCUUAUCAUUCUACACCCCUGAAUUCCAAUAGACUGCUAGUUUUCAGUGCUGAGAAAUUGUGUGUAAAUGGUUAUAAAAACGGAAAAAUAUGUAUUUAACAAAAUAAAGAACACUGACAGUGGCAAGAAAAAGUAUGUGAAUCCUUUGGAAAUACCUGGAUUUCUGCAUAAAUUGUUCAUCAAAUUUGAUCUGAUCUUCAUUUAGGUCACAACAAUAGACAAGCACAGUCUGCUUAAACUAAUAACACACAAACAAUUAUACGUUUUCAUGUCUUUAUUGAACACACUGUGUAAACAUUCACAGUGCAGGGUUGAAAAAGUAUGUGAAUCCUUGGAUUUAAUAACUGGUUGACUCUCCUUUGGCAGCAAUAACCUCAACCAAAUGUUACCAAUCAGACCUGCACAACGGUCAAGAGGAAUUUUGGACCAUUCCUCUUAAACAACUGUUUCAGUUGAGAAAUAUUCUUGGGAUGUCUGGUGUGAACUACUCUCUAGAGGUCAAUGCCACAGCAUCUCAAAUCAGGUUGAAGUCAGAAGGUGUAUUUUCUUCUAUUGAAGCCAUUCUAUUGUUGUGUUUUGGGUCGUUGUCCUGUUGCGUCACCCAACUUCUGUUGAGCUUCAAUUGACAGAUAGCCUUACAUUAUUCUGCAAAAUGUCCUGAUAAAUUUGGGAAUUAUUUUUAUUUUUUGGGGGGGGGACUGCAGUGACUUCUUCUGUAGUGUCCUCCCAUGAACACCAUUCUUGUUCAGUGUUUUACGUAUCGUAGACUCAUCAACAGACAUGUUAGCAUGUUCCAGAGAUUUCUGUAGGUUUUUAGCUGACACUCUUAAGAUUCUUCUUAACCUCAUUGAACAUUCUGCGCUGUGCUUUUGCAGUCAUCUUUGCAGGAUGGCCACUCCUAGGGAGAGUAGCAACAGUGUUGAACUUUCUCCAUUUAUAGACAAUUUGUCUUACCGUGGACUGAUGAACACCAAGGCUUUUAGAGAUACUUUUGUAACCCUUUCCAGCUUUAUGCAAGUCAACAAUUCUUAAUCUGAGGUCUGUUUUGUUCGAGGCAUGGUUCACAUCAGGCAAUGCUUCUUGUGAAUAGCAAACUCAAAUUUUGUGAGUGUUUUAAUAGGGCAAGGCAGCUGUAACCAACAUCUUCAAUCUCGUCUCAUUGAUUGGACUCCAGGUUAACUGACUCCUGGCUCCAAUUAGCUUUUAGAGAAGCCAUAGGGGUUCACAUACCUUUUCCAACCCACACUGUAAAUGUUUAAAUUAUGAUGUAUUCAAUAUAGACAAGAAAAAUACAAUAAUUUGUGUGUUAUUAGUUUAAGCACACUGUGCUUGUCUGUUGUGACUUAGAUGAAGAUGAGAGCAAAUUUGAUGACCAAUUUAUGCAGAAAUCAAGGUAAUUCCAAUGGGUUCACAUACUUUUUCUUGCCAUUGUAACUAAUUUUGAACAUGUUAUGAAAACUAAACGGAGUGCACACAGUUUACUGUUUGAAGUUGAUGCACAAGUUUAAAGAAAAUUUCAAAAAAAAAUCUUCA